AUGAAAAAUCUCGCAGCCCAUUUUGCACAUUUCAAAGCGUUUCGCGGCAUAAUCUUACGGCUGGCGCUGGCUCUCAUGGUUUUGCAAAUCUUCAAUCAGCUUAGGCGAAAGGGCGAAGUGAACGGUGGCUUCCACUUCUGCCACUGGCUUUUCGGGUGUGAGUUUGCAGAAUGUGACGUCAAACCUGAUCCGGUGAAGAUACCUGAGGGAGAAGAUAUUGAUUGCGAUACUUAUAUGGUAGAGUACGAGGACGAUUUCAUAAACUCAGCGGAGAAGGCGAUAUAUCUACUAGAAUGCGUUUUCUAA